AUGUCACAAGGUAAGGAGGGCAGGAAACACAGGCGAUGUGUGCCAAGCGGUUCGCCUCGUCAAGAGUUUCUGAGGAUAGAAGAAUUGAAUGGCCCUGCCAUCGGAGGCGCACAGAGCGGCGACAAUAAGAAGCAGAAGCUGCAGGAGGAGCAGGAGGAGGAGCUGUAUCCAUCUCCUCUCACUCCCUAUCACUUCACUCUGAUCCUCCAGGAGCUUCCUACUGGGGCUCGUCUAGCGCUUCAGACUUGUCUAUCCUCGUGGAGGGUGAGGAUGCUGACUUGCGGUCGAAAUCUUGACCGCCUGCGUGUUCAGAGCAACAACUUCUCCACGGAUGACUUCAUCUCCUUCAUCAAGUGCUACACGUGUUACAGCAAAACUCUCGGGCAGCUCUUUGAGACACGAGGCGCGUCCUCGUCACAUGGAGGAGGCGCCAGGAGCUCUCAGUCGCGCGAUCAGUCGGCAAACAACGACCCGGGGUACGAGGACCCAAACUCGCGGCCACCUGCCCCGGCCCAGCAGAUCUCAACGGAAGAGCUGCAGCGAAACCUCCGACGGAGACAAGAGGCGCUGAAGCGAAGAUUCUGGGGGAUGGAUGGGCCUGACACGAGGAAGCUCGGCCGCUACCUCGCAAUGUCGCUCAAAACCCUUCAGCUUCAACUUCCUCUUGACGGCCUCCACAAGCUGAAAGCUGCCGUGUCAAGCUACAUGCAAACCAUGAGCGUAGAGCAGUUUGCGGCGCAGCUGACUGCUCUGGUGGACGAGUACCAGGACUGGGAGCCGGCGAGGCAGCUGGGGGGAACCAGCGGGUCCACCAGCAGAUCAGCCAGCGAGCCGCCAGCUCCCUACGCGUAUCCUAUGAGCGAGGAGCUGGGAGGUGCUGAGACUGCCUGCAGGGCGAUGACUGACGUGGCUCGAGAGCCUGCGGGCCGAGUCUCUUGCUUCCAGCUGCACGAGAGUCGGUUGGGACAGUAUCUGACCUCCAAGGCAAUAGCGAAUCCCUGCCCAUUUCAUGUGCAAGUUGCUUGUCCUUCCCAUAAGCGCAUCGUCGUCAAGCUAGUUUCUGACGCGCUACGGCACAAGCGUAUGCCUCUAGUCGCAAGCUUUCGUUCCUGUCCUCAUCUUCCCCCAGCCUCAAGCGCCAACAGCAAUCGAAGUAGCCCAUACCGCUGCAAGACAAUUUUCCUCUUCAUGAGUUCACAAGCGAUCGGAGAAAUCUUGAUCUUUGCCAUGUACAUUCAAGAACAUUUCGGCCCUGCAAAACCAGACAAUCCCGACCAGCCUGUCGUACUCCCUCGCUCGCUUAUCUUCUCGACUCAGAUCGUCAUCGAAUGCAUCGACAGUACACCUCUUUACGCUGACGAGAAUGGAACUGAACGACAGGACAUUCUCACUGCCGUCACGUUGGCGUACUUGGAGUGGGCGAAGAUGAGAGGAUUUCUCGCUGUUAACAUAGUCGUACCUGCCCCCAUCGAGGAGAAGAAUUACAUCUUCGCCUACCGCACGCUCAAUGUUCGUUUGCGAACUUCUUCGCAUCUCGCCAAGUGGUACAAACGGCUACUUGAGAAAGGGAUGGCAAGUAACAUUGUAACGGGUAUCCAAGUAAGAGAGGAAGGAGGAAGGAGGAGAAGACUCCACCAAUGGGAACUCAAAUUCCUCAAACUCACCAAGCAGGCUUGUAGUGGGAGCGGCGACGACGGCAAUGGAGGGAGCAUGUCGGGUCCUGACCCCGGCAGACCUGUCUGUGUCAUGAUUGAGGACGACGCACCCUUCGUGUCCUCACUAUGCACAAACCGAGACGAUCUCGUUGCGUUUCUUGAGAAGAAUCAGCUCAAGUUCAAUUCUUUGAGAAGCGCACAGAUGUCAAGCAUGAUGAUCGUUCAGACAUUGUUGAAGGAACAGUACACCGCGUCGCUCGUCUCUCCGCUUCCUCCCCCCCCCGAGCAGCUCUACCCUGGCAUGAUCAACUUCGGUCUGCCCUUCCUGCAGCCCCCGGACUUCGCCAUGUCCUACCCGAUGGCCAUGCAGCCCUUUGCGUCCAACGCCUCCUGGAACCAGCAGGUGAAGAACUUGUGGGCUCAUGUGUAG